ACGCAAGCCGUUGCCACCAUGGUGACGGUGAUGGCGGCGCCGGUACCGGUGAGAGGGACAGUGACGGUGUGAUGGCGGCGCGGCCGCUCCUCGCCCUCCUGUGCGCUGCUCUGUGGGCCCUCAGCCCCGGCCCCCACCGCCUGGCCGCCGCUCCCGCCCCGCUGCACCCGUUCACCCCGGUCCGCGGCCUCAACAUCAGCUGCCGGGCCUGUAGAGCGUCCUUCACCGCGCUGGACUUCGCGCUGCAGCUGAAGGUGGGCAUGGAUGAGGUGGGUCUGAUGGCCACGCGCCUGUGUGUGGAGCUGCACCUUGCUGCAGGGGAGGUCUGCGUGCAGGCCAUUCGGCUGUUUGAGCGUGACAUGAUCACUGCGUGGGUGGAGUCAGUGCUGCGGCCUGCAGAGGCAUGCGGGCUGCUGCUGGGCAGCGACUGUGGGCACUGGGACAUCUACGGUCCAUGGAACAUCAGCCUGCCGGUGACACCAAAGCCCCCGGUGGUGCCGCCGGUGUUGCCGCCGGCCGGCUCGCCCGUUACCCGCAUCCUCUUCCUGACUGACAUUCACUGGGACAAGGACUACGCUGCCGGCACAGAUCCCCAUUGCCGGGAGCCCCUGUGUUGCCGUGUCGGUGCUGGCCGGCCGCCCUCUCACCGGCAGGGCGCCGGCCCCUGGGGCGAGUACAGCAACUGCGACUUGCCGCUGCGCACCAUCACAAACCUCCUGCAGCAUCUGCAGCACCAGCGCUACGACCUGGCGUACUGGGCCGGCGAUAUCCCUGCCCACAACGUGUGGCAACAGAGCCGGCACGACCAAAUCAAUGCCCUGACCACCAUCACCAAACUCCUGCGCCAACACCUGCCCAACCUCACCAUCUAUCCUGCCGUGGGCAACCACGAGAGCACCCCAGUCAACAGCUUCCCCCCCCCCUUCAUCCACGGAAACCAGUCCAGCUCCUGGCUCUACAACGCCAUGGUGGAUGCCUGGCAGCAAUGGCUGCCCCCCACAGCCCUGGAGACCCUGCGGAGGGGAGGGUUCUACACGGUGGCGGUACGACCAGGCCUCAGGCUUGUCUCACUCAACAUGAACUUCUGCUCGCACGAGAACUUCUGGCUGCUCAUCAACUCCACCGACCCCGCUGGUCAGCUGCAGUGGCUGGUGGAAGUCCUGCAGGGGGCAGAGUGGAGCGGGGAGAAGGUUCACAUCAUCGGGCACAUCCCCCCCGGUCUCUGCAUGAAGGUCUGGAGCUGGAACUAUUACCGCAUCGUCAACAGGUAUGAGGGGACGAUAGCAGCCCAGUUUUUUGGCCACACACACGUGGAUGAGUUUGAGAUGUUCUACGAUGAGGAGACGCUGAGCCGCCCGCUGUCUGUGGCCUUCAUCGCCCCCAGCGUCACCACCUACAUCGGCCUCAACCCGGGGUACCGUGUGUACGAGGUUGACGGUGAUUACCGGGGCAGCUCCGGCCUGGUGCUUGACCACGAGACAUUCAUCCUGAACCUGACGGAGGCCAAUGGCAGUGGCCGUGCCGCCUGGAGCUCCCUGUACCGGCUACGGCAGAGUUACGGCAUGGCCACCGCCUUCCCCGCUGACUUCCAGCGGCUGCUGAGCCGCCUGUACAAGGACCAGCGCCUCUUCGACCGUUACUGGUACCUGCGGCACAAGGGGAGUGCUGCACUGCCGUGCCUCACCGAGUGCCGGGCUGCCGUGCUCUGUGCCCUGCGUACCGGCCGUGCCGACGACCCCCAGCUGUGCCGGGACCUGCCCCCUGACCUGCCCUACUCCCAACUCCACCGGCAUCGGCCCCCCCCCAUGUGCUGACACCCACAGAACCGCACAGAAACUCACAGAGCCUACCAGAAUCUACUAGAGCCUCCCGGAGAAAGGAGCGCUGGUCAUAUACGCGUGCUAGCUUGCUUAGAAACAUAGAAAAUAGGUGCCGGAGGAGACCAUUCGGCCCUUCGAGCCAGAACCACCAUUCAAUAUGAUCAUGGCUGAUCAUCCACAAUUAGUACCCCGUUCCUGCCUUCUCCCCAUAUCCCUUGAUUCCUUCAGCCCUAAGAGCUAAAUCUAACUCUCUCUUGAACACAUCCAGUGAAUGGGCUGGUCAUGCGUGUGCCACCUGGUCAUACACCCAGUCAGUGCAUGGUCCGGCCACUGCCCACGCUACACAGCCCGGACACUCUCUGUGCCUCUGCUGACCAGUGGCAGUGCUCCCGGCCUCAGGGCCACCCCCCCCCCCCCACAACACAGAGCCUGCUUCAUCCCAGAUCCCCCACGAGACCCUCCCCCAUGAGACCCUCCCCUUCCGGGACCCUCCCCCUCUGGGAUCAUCCCCUCUGGGAGCCUCGCCCACGGGACCCUCCCCCAUGGGACCCAUCCCCUCUGAGACCCUCCCCCUCCCGUGUAGAGGGGGCUUCACUCUGUGUCUCACCCCACCAGUGUGUGAUGGGUGUGAAGGAAUAGGAGCAGAAUUAGGGCCAUUCGGCCCAUCAAGUCUACUCUGCCAUUCAAUCACGGCUGAUCUAUCUCUCCCACCAACCGCAUUCUCCUGCCUUCUCCCCAUAACCCCUGACACCCGUACUAAUCAAGAAUCUAUCUAUCUCUGCCUUAAAUGUAUCCACUGACUUGUGGCCUCCACAGCCUUCUGUGGCAAAGGAUUGCACAGACUCACCGCCGUCGGACUGGGACGGGGUGGAGGAGCGUGACCCUGACCCUGACCCUGACCCUGGGGGCAGUGUGUGGGACGGGGUGGAGGAGCGUGACCCUUGACCCUGGGGGCAGUGUGUGGGACGGGGUGGGGGCUAGCGUUGCUCCACUUUCCCCACACUCCAAGCCCCCAUGCCUGUGUUUGUUCUGUCUCUGUGGCGCCUGCACUGAUGCGAUUCACUUUAAUGAGCGUGAAAGCUUGCCAAUGAUGGCGGCCUGAAGUGGGGUGGUCCGGUGGGGGAGCGGAGCCCCUGGGCUGAUGUGAAUUCCUGCUGUAAUGGUCUGUAUUAUGAUGGAACCUUGUAGCUCGGGCUGCUGCAAUAAACAUGGUGUGCCUCUCUC